UGGUCCUCCGAGCUUUUCGAGUCUGCUGCUCCACCAUUGGAAAAGAUGGCUGCCUCGGCUCCAUCGGCGGGUUUCUCCGAUUUGUGCCCAAGCUACGCCGUGAUAUGCUCUUUUCUAGAGCGUUAUGGAGCUUUGCUGGAUCUACCGGAGCUCACAUUUCCGCAGUUGGAGAGAUAUCUCCAAGACACAUCUUCAGUUCCAAAGCUCUUGGUGGACCUUCAUGUGAAGUUGCUGAGGAAGAUUGGCAAGUCGGUGUCCGCAGACAGAUGGGAGAAGUACAUUGUGAAGGUGUGCCAUGAGUUCAACAGUACCUGGGCAUGGGAACUUGAAAAUAAAGGAUACAAAGACAUGUCUGUGGAGUGUAAGACUGGAAUCCUCAAACACUUAUGUGAGUGCCAGUUUGAUGACAAUGUCAAGUUCAAGACUGCAAUUAAUGAGGAGGAUCCUGAUAAGAUGCGGCUCCAUCCCAUUGGCAAGGACAAGGAUGGCCUAAUGUACUGGUUCCAACUUGACCAGGAUAACAAUGUGAGGGUCUAUGUGGAGGAGCAGGACGACCUGGACGGGUCCUCCUGGAAGUGCAUUGUCAGAGACAGAAACAGCUUGGCUGAGAUCCUGGCACAGCUGAAGACUCAAAUCGACCCAGCACUGUUGACAAAGAAAGAAGGAGAGGAGGAAGAUGAGAACAAGAAGACUGGGGGAGAAGGGGAAAUUAAAAAGACAGAGGAUACCUCCGGGGAUGAAGAGGACAAACUCUCCAAGGAUACAGCUUCUUUAGUGUCCCCAAAAACAGAGAAUACAGAAAGAAAAUCCCCAAAAGAGGAAUCAAAGCUGGACGAUUCAGAUGCCAAAUCCCCAUCGAAUGGCCUCAAAGACAACCAAGUCGAGUCAGAGUCAACAAGACAAUCUGAGAAGCCAAUGGUGGAUGACAAGGCCACCAUUAACACCCAGGCCAUCAAAGAAGAGCUGAUGGAGGUGUCAGAAUCCAAGGAGAGCACAGCCACAAGUGCUACAGAGCCUCUUGCGGAGAAACAUUGUGUGACGCCACAGACAGAACAGACUGAGGAAGCCAAGAGGAAGACUGCAGAGGAACUCCAAAGGGUGAUGAAGAAUGACCAGCAGGCCAAAAUCCCCUUGAAAAAGAGAGAGAUGAAACUUAGUGAAGAUUUUGAUAAUAGUAGUGGCGGUGGCAGUAGAAUCAUUGUGCGUAACCCAUCUGUUGCUCCUGUCAAAGAUGCUCCUAAAGUUGAGGAGACAAGUAAAGAGGUCUCUGUUGCCCUGGUGGGGACGAUGGAGACUAAAAGUGAUCAAGUGAAUGGUGAUGCUCAGCCUGUCACAGAAAAAAGUGUCAAUAAGGGAAUGAGAGAAUCUCCUAAAGAGAUGGGAAUACAGAGAGAAUCUGCUGAUAGCAAAGAACAGCAAACAAAAGCUGUUGCUAGGGAAGAAUGUGAAGCAGCAGAAGCUAGUGAAAAAGAGAAAACAAAUCUGUCCCUGGACAUGGACAAAAAGGAAAGGGAGAUGGCAAGCAAUGCUGAGGAGCCCAUGGAGGUGGCCAUGGCCGAUGAAACGAACCUACAGAAAAUUGUUCCAGCCCCAAAGGCAGAGAAGGAAAGCAAUGAAGCACUGAAAAAAUCAUCCCUAAAAGAGGCUAAAUGUUCAUCCCCUCUGACAAAGCCAUUGACUUCAUCUAAGGAUGCAACAAGCACACCGGAAAAGUCUUCUGAUCUUAAAGAAGAACAAAAAGUCAAGGUAUCCAAGUGGGAUGUGAAAGUGCGUCGUACAGAACACAAGACAUCCACAUCAAUAGAAACAGAUAAAACCCCUUUAUCUAGUAAGUCACAGAAACCAGAUGAAACUAAAGGAACAGAUUCAUACAUUGCAUUUCAAGAGGUAAAUUUGGCUGCCUUUAAGGAAACAGUUGUCCCUAAAGACAGUUGUCCCCUUUCUGUAGUGAAAGAGAUGGAAAAAACAUCCAUCAUAAAAGCCACAGAAAAGUUGUUGAACCCUAAAAUCCCAGAAACAGUCAUCACUAAACAAACCGAGAGACCUGAUCCCAUUACAGAUAAACCAGAAAGCUCAAAACGCCCUGAGUCGCCAGCAGUCAUAAAAAAUACAGAGAAUCCAUCUAACAAAGAGAGCGCAGAGAAAUGUGAUGGUUCUAAUGAUAUCAAAACAUCUUCUGUCAUUAAAAAGACAGAGAUUUCAGAAAAGAGUAAAGAUGCCAAGAACCUGGCCAGCUCUAAAGAGACCAAUACGUCCUCAUUACUUAAAAAGGCAGACAAACCAGUUCCCAAUAAAGAAGCAGAGAAACUGGAGAGCACUAAAGAGACUAAUAAAUCGUUGGUCAUUAAAAUGACAGUGAAACCAGAGGCAUCUAAACAUACAGAGAAAUGUGAUACCCCUAAAGACAUUAUGUCAGCUCUCACCAAGGAGAAACCUGCUGUCAGUGCUGUAAGCACAAAUACAAAUGUUGCCCCUGAGGUGAAGAAAAAAAACGUCCUGGAGAAAAACUCUAAGAAAACAGCCAUCUGUAAAGAUGAGACGAGAGCUGUUGCAGCAGUGACUGAGACACAAUCUGGCCCUAAAGACGUGGAGAUGGCAGACAUCUUUGAGAAAUCAAACCAAUCCCAACUGGAAGGACCCAAAAAGGUAGAGAAAUUGGGUAUCCCUAAAGACACGUUGAAAUCGACAAUGCCUAAAUACGCAGAGAAAUCUGCUAAACUGGCUACGCCUAAAGACGCAGAGAAAUUGGCUACGCCUAAAGACGCAGAGAAAUUGGCUACGCCUAAAGACGCAGAGAAAUUGGCUACGCCUAAAGACGCAGAGAAAUUGGCUACGCCUAAAGACGCAGAGAAAUUGGCUACGCCUAAAGACGCGGAGAAAUUGGCUACGCCUAAAGACGCAGAGAAAUUGGCUACGCCUAAAGACGCGGAGAAAUUGGCUACGCCUAAAGACGCGGAGAUAUUGGCUACGCCUAAAGGCGCAGAGAUAUUGGCUACCCCUAAAGGCGCAGAGAUAUUGGCUACCCCUAAAGACGCUGAGAAAUUGGCUACCCCUAAAGACGCGGAGAAAUUGGCUACGCCUAAAGAAGCAGAGAAAUUGGCUACGCCUAAAGACGCGGAGAAAUUGCCUAAAUCGGCUAUGUCUGAAAAUGCUGGGAAAUCUGCUACCACUACAGACCCUGAGAAUUCAGCUAAAUCAGCUACACCUAUCCCUGAAGACACAGAGAUAUUGGCUACUCCUGAAGAAGCGGAGAAAUCGGUUAACACUAAAGACACUGAGAAAUCGGCUACCCUUAAAAACACAGAGACUGCUUCUAAAAAGAUUGAAGAUUUCACAAUCUGUGAAGGACAGAAACCAGAUGCCUCUAAAGAAACUGAGAAACUGGCAGACAUAAUGCCAGCUGCAGCAAAAGGAGAGAAACAUGUCGCCUUUGAGGAUUCUAAGCAAUUACCUUCUCUCAAAGAGUCUGUCCCAGUGGGGAGGAAACAGGAAGAGCCUAUGGAAAUAAGUUCGGAAAAGUCAACAGAUGACAAUGUAAUUAUUAGGGGACAUGCCGAUAAAGGCUGGACAAAGAACUCUGUUAAAAGUGGAGAGAAUUCUGAGAGCGAGCCUAUCAAAGACUCAAACCGCAUGGACUGUAAUGCACCAUCAGAAAAACAGGCUACCAGCAAGAAGGCAUCAUCUCUCACUGAUGCUGAAGGUGAGACCGACAAAAGCCAGGUCAAAGUAAUCAAGGAAGAUGCCACAACCCAGGGAUGCCCUAAAGAGGAUGAGAAGGAAGAUGAUCAGGCUAAGAAAAACGACCAAAAGGAGGAUGAUGGUGCUGAGAAAGAUAACUCAACUGCAGCAGAGAAACUGGGUGAGGCAAAAGCAAGUAUAGGUUCUGAGAAUAAAGAGGAUGAAAAAAAGGAUGCAGGAACAACAUCAGAGAUUCAAGAGGAGGGGAUUCGCCUGAAAAUACGUGGAAUUACUCAUCGAAGGAGAGCUGAGCUCCAGAGAACGGAGAGGGACUCGGGGUCCGAUACUGGUGAGACUGGGAGAUCCCUGCGGAGGUCACCCAGGAUUUGCAGGCCAACCGCUAAGGGGGUGGAGUUCCAGGACAGGAGGCUGGAGAAAAAAGAGACCACGCCCCCUGAGGAGGAAGAGGACGAGGAGGAGGAAACUGUUCAGAGGAAACCAAGAGAAAAGGUUGAUCAAGAUGGACAGUCCAAAUCUAAGGGGCGACGGAGGAGAAAGACCCGGUGGUCCAACACUCGAACACGACGGCGCAAAAAGAAUGGUUCUGGUGAUGACAAUGAAAGCGAAUCAAGCGAAGAGGAGAGUGAGGAGGAUGACAGUGAUGAGAGCUUUAAGGUGGAGAAGGGCAAGAGGAGGUGGAGGAACCGGAACAGAGAAAGGCACAGCGACGACUCUGACACAUCCUCGGAUGAUGACCUCCCUCCUAACGAAGACCCCUGCAAACACUGCGGCCUCCCCAACCAUCCCGAGCUGAUCUUGCUAUGUGACUCGUGUGACAGUGGCUACCACACGGCCUGCCUCAGACCCCCUCUCAUGAUCAUCCCAGAUGGGGAGUGGUUCUGUUCACCCUGCCAACAUAAGCUACUCUGUGACAAGCUUGAGGAGCAGCUUGCUAAUCUCGAUGCUGCCCUGAAAAAGAGGGAUCGCGCUGAGCGAAGAAAAGAACGUUUGGUCUAUGUUGGAAUAAGUGUCGAAAACAUCAUCACUCCCUCUUUGGAGGUAGAGGAAGAAAAAGAGGAAGAAAAGGAGGAAGAAGUGAAGAAGGAGAAGAAAGAGAAGAAAGAGAAAAGCAAGAGCUGGGGUCGAAGGUCGACAAGGGCAAAGAAAAGCAUAAGUUACAGGUUUGAUGAAUUUGAUGAGGCUAUCGAGGAGGCAAUUGAAGAAGACAUCAGAGAGGCUGAUGGUGGAGGAGCUGGUCGGGGCAAGGACAUGGCCAACAUCACAGGCCAUAGCAGAGGGAAGGACAUGUCCACCAUCCUGGCAGCAGGCGAGGUUGGUGAGGGCAAGGAGAAUGGACGCCCGCCACGGCCCAACGCCGGCCAGCGCAGGAAGAAGCGCCGGCGUCUCAACGACCUGGACAGCGACAGCACUGUGGAGGAGGAGGAGAGCGAGGAUGAGUUCCGUCUCAGUGACAGUACGGAGGAAGAGGAGUUUGUGGCUUCAGACAAGAGCGACGCAGAGAGUGAAGCGGCAGUCGACUCUAACGACGACAGUGACUUCGGCAGCACGCGACGCAGAACUGCCAGGACAAGGAGGCCGGCCAAAUGUCAAAGGAGCACUCGGCCGCGAAGGCGCCGCAGAGCGAGAGGGUACUCAGACGAUGAAGAGGAGGAGACGAGUGAUGAAGAUGAGGACGAAAUGAUCUCAGAGGGUUCCAGCGAGUUCAGCGACAGCGACCUGGACUGUAGCCAACGCCGAUCCCGCCGUAGUCAUACAAAGAGGCAGGUCAACUACUGCGAGUCGUCCGGCGACUCCGAUGGCUCAAAGGCCGGCACCAACCGGGACAAAGUCAAACCGCGGAGGCGCCUCACCAGCUCCGACAGCGAAGCAAGCUCCUCCAGAGGCUCGGACGACGGCAAGAGGGAGAGGACUAGGUUGAAGAGGAGGGCUGACUCGUCUGAGGAAGAGUCCCAGCAGCGCCGCAGACGCCUCUCGCUGAAACGGAGGCGAGCCUCCGAGGAGGACGAUGACGAUUCCGAUGAAUCAUCGGAGGGAGAGCGUCCGGUCCGCAAGCGUGUGAACCGCAUCGACUCGGACGACUCUGACAAGGAGGAGGAGAAGGAAGAAACAAAGGAAGAGGAGGAAGGGGGGGUGCUGGGGAAGGGAGCCAGCCCAUUGGACUACAACCUGGUGGAACUGCACCCCCCUACCAACGGACAGAGUCCCAUCAAGGCCCUGGAGGGCCUGGCUCACAUUGGGCCCCAAAAACCUGGAGCCACAGCCGUCACCAUAGCGCCCAACGGACUGGAGUUGGCGCCACAGGACGAUGAUGAAGAUGACCUGCUGGGGGUCACAGACCUAGUGGACUUUGUCUGCAAUAGUGAUGUGUUGUAAAACAAAGUUGUAUGUUUGUUCAUUUCUGUAGUAUUGUAUUUUUUUAUAUAUUUUUUUCUCCACUGAAGUCGUCCACCGUUUAUUCCUGUCCUCUCCUCUUGUGUUUUUUUUGUUUGUUGUUUUUUUCAAUUCAUCCUCCUUGUCCCCUCCUCAGUGUGGCCCCAUCCAUCCAUAUGAACUGGAUGCCUUACGGGGAGAAGUUAAUUCUCUUCACUCUUCGCACCUCUCGCAGUUGGAUUGUACAGUCAUUGAGAGCACUAACUCUAAAGGUUGUUUUGUGGUACGUGAAUUAGCCUUGUCUUAUCCUCUGUACUCCGUCACCGAUGGACAUGCGGGUCAGAUACUUGACUACAAAUGAACCUACCUGUUUCUCCAGCCAACUUCCAGGGUUUCCUACUCAGGGGUAUGUCCACUACCCCACAUGACCCCACCAUACAAAGAAUCCAUCUCUCAACUUCAUGGUUUUGUUCAUUAGGCCCCAAACGGAAGAAAGCAGACAAACUGGGAGGGACUAACUAGACUUGUCCAAUAAACACUCAUUUUUGUUUUCUGUUGUGUGACUUAAUGAACACGACCCAUGAAAACCUGUUCUCUUGAGAAGCUCCUCAGUGUUCCGGCCUGGGAAAGAGGAUGUCUUAUUGUAGGAUAUAAUUAAUUGUUUGUAGGAAGUAGAUGUGUUUUAGCUCAGGUGGGCCUAAGCUUCAGCAGACAAAGGAAUGGAGGGGUGCUCAACAGCGACAAAAGUCACGAGAAUGGCUGACCAAAUUUUUUUUUAAAUUGGUAAGCCAUUCUCGUAGAUUUGUAUUGUUUAAUCUGUAUACCUCUUUUAAGAUUUCUAAAUUUGUAUAUGAGAAUAGAAGAUGGCAGAGGUAAGGGGUCAAACUGCUUCCAUUUACAACUUAAAUUUACGUUUGUUUUGUGGAUCAGCUGCUGGAAACCAAUCAUUGUUUUUAUCCCCCACUCUUUUCCCCAAACAUUUAAUAUCAAUGUCUUUCACUUUUUUUGAUAUUUGAAUUCUACAUUUUAAUCCUCAAACUAUUUAUUUGUUUUGGUGUGUUAAAUUCUAUUAGUCAGUUGUUUGACUAAACCCUUAAACAGGUUUCCCACCCACCUUAAGACCAUAUACAACUUGCAUUGGAUGAAAAGCAUGAGUGCAACAGAGUUUCCCUUGAGAAAACCGGACACAGAACCAUCAUGCUAGAAACAGCUUUUUUUAAUGGACAGAUUGGGUGACCAGAACCCACAACCAUUCCCAUACUUUCUUGUAAUUACAAUCUCCAAAAGAGUA